AGUGUGUGGAUUUGACGUGCGAGAGACAAACUAGAAGAACGAUGACGACGAAGACCGAGACGACGACGACAUGAACACAGGGGAAUAGGACACCGACCAGCUGGUGCUGCUUCCGCUUCCGCGCGCUGCCGAUAGAUAGCUUGGAGGAGGGUUUGGGGAUUUGGUUGUGAUUGAGAGGAGUGGAGGAAGAAAGGCCUGGUAGUAAUGCCUGAAAGAUUGAGUAGGGAAGGGAUGGGAAGAGUCGUGGGGAUGUGAUGAGAUGAGGUAAGAUGGUGAUGGAGCAGAAGUGUGGGAACGAGUGCAGGAGAUGGUGAGACCAGUAUCACGCGAAGCUAUACCCGACGAUGUUUUGCAAUUGUUCGGAGCAGCGCUGAGGCGCGGGAAUAAAACUGUCAUGGUCGUGGUGGUUCAUCAGUACAGCUACGAGUUAGGGUUUGGUGCUAGGCGCUGGAAGAGGAGAGGAAGUGAAAGAGGAGGGGCAGAACGAUGAGAAAUAGAGGGUUUGGUGGAAAAAAUUAAGGUAUUUUUACCUCGCCCGGUGAUGUGGAAUUACAUGGGGAAGCGGAGUAUCGAUUGUUUAGGGCAGUGUCCGGGGCAGUUUUUUUGCGCUGGAUGUUUUACAUUUUGGUGCUGGAGUAAUACGGUGAUAUGCUGUCUUGGAGCUCCGACCACCACCGAUCCAAAUAAUGUGGUUUUACCUCACCUCCCUCAAGAAUUUGCACUCUCUUACAUGUUUACAAUUCUAGUUACUAUUCUGUGUGGAGCGGGAGUCCUUUGGUUUGGAAGUUUACUGCGAGGAUCUGUUUCCUGUCGACACUCGGGGUCAAAGUGGAUUCUUGAGGGUGCUGCCAAAUCUGCAUCUAGUAUAUCGAAUUCUGCGGUCUUGGUGAUGAACGGUGUUGGCAGUGAGCAUAUGGAGAAACAUUCAUCUAUGGUAGAAGAGCUUGUGCCAGAGAUUACACACCAUGCAUUGAGCUACUUGGAUUACAAGAGUCUAUGCCGGGUCUCGAUGACCAACUCGGCCAUGAGAAGAGUUGCUAAUGAUGAUAGCGCCUGGCGUGCUCUGUAUCACAAGGAUUUUACUGUCGAACAAGAUAGUGUCAUACCCAGAAAUGGAUGGAAGUCGCACUAUGCGGUUACUAAGGCUGUGUCGGAAAUUAAUCGAAACUUUUACAAGAAGUUCAAGGCGAAAUCUUUGAGAGGUAUGAGUCGGUUAUGGCUGAAAGCGGACUACGUGAAAUGCAUUCAUCCUGGAGGGGAGCUUUUAUCAGGGUACGACGUGAUCAUGGAGAAUUGGCGUGUAGUGUUUAACUGGAGUCAACGUUAUGAUUUCCAGCUGAAAGAUGUACGGGUGAGAGUAGUAGGUGACAUGGCAUGGGUGACAGCAAAGGAGUUUGUGAAUGCAUCGAGACAACCCCUUCUUGCAACAAACUGUUAUGAGUUGCAUGAUGGCCAAUGGUUCAUUGUCCACCAUCAUAGCUCGCCACAAAUGGAAGGAGGAGGUGCUGAUUUCCAAUUGUUUGUAUGAUGUGGUAUCCCGAACAGUUACUACUGACGAACCACGUAGGAUGUUUGCCUUGCUGUGUAUCUUUGAUGAAGUUCACAAGAAGGUCGAUUGAAAUGGUUAGUCCUUGGUUGUUGAGGAAGAUAAGAUGGUAUCAUCUCUUGAAUCUGUACAUAAGUAUUCCUUCUUCUGAUCAAUGGCUUGACCUAUCUUUCUGUCUGGAGUGCGGAGACAAACAGUGGGGAAUAGAUUAAGACCAGAAUGUCAACUUCUUUUGGGAACCUCUGAGGUUUGUCUCUGUCAUGUCAUUGACUCUGUUUACCGGGCAUGAUUAAGAUGGAAUUAGGAUUUCCCAUGUAAAUUGUGGAGUGCAAAGAUUCUAGGAGGUCAAGGAUAUAUGAGCUUUUGUUCACUCUCUUCAUGCCAAGCGCAUUGCCAGUGCACAGACUAUCUGGCUACUUUUUUG